AUGGCGCAGAUUACCCAUUCUACUGUCCGCGAGCUUCGCUUUGUCGCUGUCAGCGGCCAGAAAUCCCAUCCGACGACAGACAAGAAGGAGCGCAGCUCAGUGCGGGCUUUCGUCAUGCGAGAUUAUCUGAGACAGAAGAGCGAUCCCACAUCGAAAUUUACCCCUGCAAACGUGGGCGAGCGCAUGACUUCCCACAUAUCUCGAUUUCGAUCCACCAGACCUUCUUCGACUGUGAAGCCCAGGAAGCGAAGAACGGUAGCAACUCGUGAUCGCGGAUCGGGUGGAAAGCCUAGGAGUCAGCGGACGCUUGUCCCAGCACUUCCUGCAUCGAACGAGGAACGUUCGCGGAACUCACGGCUGCACGAUCUGGACGCGUUGGAUCCUUUCGGUACGCUGGAUGUUGAUCUCAAAGAAUCGCAAACCCAAAGUCUCCUUCAAUACUACCAAACUUCUUUCUGGGCCAACUCGUUUGCCUGCAAUCCCGAGGCGAGGUGGAUAUCUGUUGCACUAAUGGACCCGGCAAUCAUCCACGCGACACUGAGUUUAGUAGCUAUCCACAGAAGAGACCGUUUCUCUAUUGAUCUGUCCAAGGUCUACUUCAAGCACCGGGGCGAAGCCAUGCAGAUUGUUGCACGGAGACUGAACAAUCUGCAAGAAUCUCUGAGUGAUGAAACGAUUGGUGCAGUGGCGCUUCUCUCGAGUUCCGACAACCACUUUGAAUGGCCGUCGGAAGCUCAAACAACCCAUUCACAGGGCUUAGGGCAUUUGAUUUCCAUCCGUGGUGGCAUGGAGACUUUGGAUUCGAACAGACAUAUCCAGAGGGUGGUAGGAUGGGCGGACUUGCUGCAGUCCGCCAUGCAUGGUACAAAACUUCGACUUCGCAUGCCAGCUGUGGUGGAGGAAGCUUCAGCCGAAGGUCUGAUUCCGGACAAUGAGAACAAAGAGGAGCAAAAGACGUUGUCAGGCACUCUCUUGCAGGAUCUACCUCAAGGCAUAGGCGAUAUGCUGCGACAGCUCCGCAUUUUGUCGUCCUUGAAGACAGUUUUGCUCCAGGAUCGCGAACAACAAUUAUGCCGGACAUUUAGCAACCUGCUCUGGAAACUCGAGUAUUCUAUACUAGAUGUGCCACAGAGACCGGCGAGCGGCGCUGAUCACAGUCAAGGGAGUGCCCUCACUCAGGAGAGGCUGAUGGGAGAUGUGGUGGGCAUCGCCACGCUGAUAUUUUCAUAUCUGACCCUCCGGGACCUUGCUGCGCCUAUUCUCUACCUCAGGCUGGGUGGUCGGCUGAGAGCGUCUGCAUCCGCAAUGAUAACGCCUCGGCAAAGACCACAAAAGCACAUUGAAUUAUCGGAAACCGAGGGUCAGCUCCUUGGUGAUCAGUUUCUGGGCGACAGCCAGCUCGCUGUUCUCCUGUGGUCGUUUUAUCUUGGCUGGCGUGGCUCCCAAAAGGACGUCAAGAACCGGACAUGGUUUGCUGAUCAAGUUGCGCAGCUUUGCUGGAGGCACGGAAUCUUAUCGUACGAGUCAAUCAAGGGGAAGAUCCAGAGCGUAAUUCCCCAAGCGCGUACGUUGUUGGAGAUUCAAGAGGACUUCUGGGACGAGGUAGAAGAAGUCAUAUGGUCGGAGAUGAUCUCUCUGCACUAG